UCUCAUACUGCAAAGAUGUGUGACCAGACCUUUUUAGCGGUUGUAUUUGGUCCAUGUGACAAGUGCUCCAAAGAGAAGCCCCUUAGGGCUGUUUACAUCAAAUCAGAACAGCUCAGCUACUGCUCACUAUGUGUGGAAAUGAUGGCAACCGAGGGGCUGCACGAGAACGAGACCUUGGCGUCGCUGAAAACCGAGGCGGAGAGCCUGAAGGGCAAGCUGGAGGAGGAGCGGGCCAAGCUGCACGACGUGGAGCUUCACCAGGUGGCAGAGCGUGUGGAGGCACUGGGCCAGUUUGUGAUGAAGACCAGGAGGACGCUGAAGGGCCAUGGAAAUAAAGUUCUCUGUAUGGACUGGUGCAAAGACAAAAGAAGAAUUGUGAGCUCUUCCCAGGAUGGGAAGGUGAUUGUGUGGGAUUCCUUCACUACCAACAAGGAACACGCAGUGACGAUGCCGUGUACCUGGGUGAUGGCAUGUGCAUACGCCCCGUCUGGAUGUGCCAUUGCUUGUGGUGGCCUGGACAACAAGUGUUCUGUGUACCCUCUGACAUUUGACAAAAAUGAAAAUAUGGCUGCAAAGAAGAAAUCGGUUGCAAUGCACACAAACUACCUGUCUGCCUGCAGCUUCACUAACUCAGACAUGCAGAUUUUGACAGCAAGUGGAGAUGGGACUUGUGCUCUAUGGGAUGUUGAGAGCGGGCAGCUUCUACAGAGUUUCCAUGGUCAUGGAGCUGACGUCCUGUGCCUGGACCUGGCCCCUUCUGAAACUGGAAAUACAUUUGUCUCAGGGGGAUGUGACAAGAAAGCCAUGGUUUGGGAUAUGAGGUCUGGUCAGUGUAUCCAGUCAUUUGAAACCCAUGAUUCAGAUAUCAACAGUGUCAGAUAUUACCCAAGUGGAGAUGCAUUUGCCUCUGGUUCAGACGAUGCUACGUGUCGUUUAUAUGACCUUCGUGCAGACAGAGAAGUAGCAAUCUAUUCCAAAGAGAGCAUCAUUUUCGGAGCGUCCAGUGUGGACUUCUCUCUCAGUGGUCGUCUGCUGUUUGCAGGUUAUAACGAUUACACCAUCAAUGUCUGGGAUGUGCUGAAAGGCUCCCGUGUGUCUAUUCUGUUUGGACAUGAAAAUCGUGUCAGCACCUUGCGGGUGUCUCCCGACGGGACGGCGUUCUGCUCAGGGUCCUGGGACCACACGCUCCGAAUCUGGGCUUAACGUGAGAUCCUGAAUGCAGAAUCAAAUGAAGACCUGGACUACAAAAACAUCAUAAAAAUGCCCCCCUAAUAAUCAGAUAUUCACUACACUACAGAGAGUGACACUGAACCCACAGAUUAACACAGCUAGACAGAACAUGUAAUCUGCUUGAACACUUAGCAAACAUCAACUUGUAGUAAAAUGAAAUGGUUUUAAUUCUGUUUUGAAACUAUAUUCUUUUAUUAGAACUAGUUUAGCUAAUUAUGAAGGGACCUUUCUCUGAAGUUAUCUGUAUCAUAGAAAUGAGUAUUUCAGUGCACAUUAUGUAUUUAUCUGCAUGGUUUGAGUUCCUUUUUAAAGCAAAAAAAAAAAAAAAAAGGAUUCCUGAUUUUAUCAGGGUGUAGCACAAGACUUUGGAAGCAUUCCAUAGUAGUGCAUUGAAUUCUGGUGUUGAAAAGUGGGAAGAAAAGCAACUCUGACACUUUAUGAUGGCAUGGAUACUUUAUGGAUGACUGAACCUCUGAACCUUGGUAGUAAGUAGAGGCCCUACUGUGAAGUUGCUGGCUGUUGUCAUAAAAAUGUAUUUUUUGUACAAAAAAAAAAAAAAAAAUCCUUUCAAUCCCUGUUUUUUCCUACCGUCUUUUUAGGUAGAAGUAAGUAUUUCAUCUCUGUUAUCUGAAUAUAAAAAAUCUAGAUACACACAAUAUAAUAAACUGCAAAUAUGAGGAAUAUAAACAUGAUUUACAUAAUCAUGAGGUACUAUUUAACCAGUAGUUUCUUAGAAAUUUUUAAUUGUAUCACUUGGUGAGUGAAUUUUCUUUUACUUAAAGGCUGCUACAUGCUAAGCACUGAGGGAUACUACACGCUAAGCUCUAACCACCGUUAUACUGAUGGUCAAAUCUUUUCCAAGUCAGUCAUAGUCAUUCUGUGAUCAUGAUUCUCGCCUGCAUCUUGAGCCAUUCACACCACUUUUGCAGGGUAACAUAGCCUUAUAUGUGCUUUAAGGCAGCGUAUUUCCAUUUAAAGAUCCUUUUGCAACAUCAGAACAGUGUAAGCCCUUGCAAAUGCAGGCCAAACCUUACAAGCCAAACUGUACAGUUCUUACUCUAACAGCUCUCAUACUGAAGCGAGACAGUUUUGUGGUAGCUGGACUUGAGAAUGAAGAACAGUAAGCUGUUGAAGACGUGCUGAGAGCCACAGUCCUGCCAGCAUUUAAUAUUGGGCUCACCAGAGUGCAAGCCCAUCAGGGAGCAGCUGGCAGGACUAUCCCCAUGCAGAGCUGAUGCUGUAGAAUUCAGAUUUAUUCAGAUAAAGCUGAGAUAGAGUUAAUUACAGAACCAUUUGAAAAUUAUAUCUGCAUUCCUACAUUGAGAACGCUUGAGACUAGAGCGUGUCACCUUUGCUUAUACUGACAGGAGAGAAGUGCUGGAGUAAUGCUGGGGGUUUGCACAGCCUGCCCUUCAAAAUGCAAGUGAUAAGAUGCAUCUCUGAAAAGAUCAAAGAUAGGAUUUAUAUUUAGAUUGAAACAAGAUGAAACAAGCAAUCACUGGAGUUGGCUGUUCAUGUAAGUUUGAUGAUAAUAUCCUCAUUCUAUCCUAAAACAGGAUUUAAAAUAUAUAUAUAUAUAUAUAUAUAUAAAAUUGUACCAGAAACAGUCUCCUCGUUCAUAAAAACAUCAGGUUCCAUGAAUCCAUAACCAGUUAAAUUAGAACACUGACAUUUGUAUCAGCCUUCAGUCCCUAAUGAAAUUUCUGUUGGUUUUGCUUGGAAAAGUAAGCUCUGAUGCUUUGGAAUAUUUGUGGCAAGCUAUCCCUGUAACAAACUGAAUGCACUAUGAAAUUGUAAUGUUAUAUAUAGAUAGCUCACUGUGCAAUAUCGAGUCAAUAUACUGUACACAUUUGAUCAAAAGAUUAAUAUUAAUGUUUAGAUAGUAUUUAUUGGUAAGAUAUUUAUUCCAAACAUGCUACAUUGUGUUGAUACUUAUGAAUGGCCUAAAUACAAUAAAUUGUAUUUUACAUACUGA